CAAUGAGCAGCUCUGCCGGGAGGCGCCCCACAAAAUCUGCGCCCACUUCAGCCCUUCCUGGGGUGCUCCAUGCGGAGAAAAAUGCUGCCGGCCAGCGCCAGUAUGAGCUCCGCUGAUCCGGCCCGCCCCCUCUGCCACACGUGCCCUUUUAUUUAAUCCCGAAUAGACUGCGAACGGAAUUCACACGAGGGUAGACUGCCCACUUCGGAUCGUUAAGAGACAUUUAUUUUUGCAAGUAUGUCCAGAACACUCAGCGUUUCCCGCAGAUACCUCUGUUACACGGAUGUGACGCAAAGAAGGCAACAAUGCACCUAAUCACUAACAAACACAAUUGAUGCUGACCACCAGCUGCAUGGCUUCGGAAACUCAGUCCGGAAAACUGACAAACCCGGUCGUCAACGGGAUACCUCGUUCGUCUGCUAGCAAUCUGUGAAGACAACAUUUGCAUCCGAUCGAUUAAGACCCGUCAGAUCGCCCUUCAUGCUAUUUAACUGUGUCGGAGGAGGAGGGGAGCCUUCUCCUGGCAUUUACGGUCAAGGAUCGGAGACUUCCUAACACUAGGCUGGCCAGCUGACCAGUGGAAAACUGUCCUGGCGGUUUCCAAUGGCUAUGAGGCAGCGCCAGUUGAAGUCCCGUUCAGAAAGACAGAGGGUCCCCGUUUCCUUUCUCCGUCAGCGAACCUCUUCUUCAGUCUGCUGGUCGAAGGAUGGCGGGCUUGUGACACCUGCAGUCCCGUUUGCGCCAGAAAGCGGCUCUGACUGCGCCUCUCGAGUUCCGCGAAGUCUUUUCCUAGUGGCACCGCUUUUAAGUGCCCUCUCCAUCAUUCCCCAUGGAUAGGCCUGGCUGGUCGUUCUGUGCCAUCAGCCCCCUACCUUUACUUUGUGUGUUUCUCUCUCUACCGCCAAGAGAGGGAUUAAUUAACCGGGCUGGAGCUGAAAGAGGCUGCCGUGACGAGCCCAGUGGCGAUUGGCCGCCCGCCUGCCUGGCCCUGCCUUUAUAAUUUCCACACGAGUGCAUCUGGGUUCUUAUACAAACCAACAGCCAGCUUCUUCUGCUACAUACACACACUGAGAGAGAGAAACACCGGCACUUCCCUUGCAGUCUAGCCACCCAACACACAUGCUUGCUACUCCGAGAGAAGCUCAAAUAAAUAUAUAUAGAGGUGUAAUUCAGACUGUUGGGAGCCUUGCUAAAUCGGUUCAAACUUUUUUUCAACUUUUUUUUUAACAGCAGAUCUCCAUGCGUUCCGCUGCUCACUCAAAGAUCCUCUAACGGCACCCAUUUGAGCACAUCGAAACAGGGUGUGUGUUUGAUAAGGACCCGAAAUCUGUCCAGAGCUAAACGGUCCAUCCAGCAGCAGCAAGAGAAAGCAUCUGGGCUGGAAAGGAGCAGAAACGCCGCCGCCGCCGCCGCCUAGCGCCUUUUAUAAGCUUCUGGUUACGUUUCCAAGCGUAAGGCAGUCUGAUUCUCCUCUGAAGUUGGCUCCAGCCUUAGCAGCCGCAUUGGAUCCCACAGCAUACUGCGAGACUCCGGUCUACAAUCCGGAUCUCUGCCCCAACAUGAUCGCAGCGCAGGCCAAGCUGGUUUACCAUCUCAAUAAAUACUACAAUGAGAAAUGCCAAGCCAGGAAAGCGGCCAUCGCGAAAACUAUCCGCGAAGUCUGCAAAGUGGUCUCGGACGUGCUGAAGGAAGUGGAAGUGCAGGAACCCCGCUUCAUCAGCUCCUUGAACGAAAUGGACAACCGCUACGAGGGCCUGGAAGUCAUUUCGCCCACCGAGUUCGAAGUGGUCCUUUACCUGAACCAGAUGGGCGUUUUCAAUUUCGUGGACGACGGCUCGCUGCCCGGCUGCGCGGUGCUCAAGUUGAGCGAUGGGCGCAAGAGGAGCAUGUCCCUCUGGGUGGAGUUCAUCACGGCCUCGGGUUACCUCUCAGCCCGCAAAAUUCGCUCCCGGUUCCAGACGCUGGUAGCCCAAGCCGUGGACAAAUGCAGCUACCGAGACGUCGUGAAAAUGGUGGCGGACACCAGCGAGGUGAAGCUGCGGAUCCGGGAUAGAUACGUGGUGCAGAUCACGCCGGCGUUUAAAUGCACCGGGAUCUGGCCCAGAAGCGCUGCCCACUGGCCCCUGCCCCACAUUCCCUGGCCGGGGCCGAACCGCGUGGCCGAGGUCAAAGCCGAAGGCUUCAACCUCCUGUCCAAGGAAUGCCACUCGCUUGCAGGCAAGCAGAGCUCGGCCGAGAGCGAUGCCUGGGUCCUGCAGUUCGCCGAGGCCGAGAACAGACUACAAAUGGGCGGUUGCCGAAAGAAAUGCCUCUCGAUCCUCAAAACGCUGCGGGAUCGCCACCUGGAGCUACCCGGGCAGCCCCUGAACAACUACCACAUGAAGACGCUGGUUUCCUACGAGUGCGAAAAGCACCCGCGGGAAUCGGACUGGGACGAGUCCUGCCUGGGCGAUCGCCUGAACGGGAUUUUACUGCAGCUCAUCUCCUGCCUUCAGUGCAGGCGGUGCCCGCAUUACUUCUUGCCCAACUUAGACCUCUUCCAAGGCAAACCUCACUCCGCCCUGGAAAACGCAGCCAAACAAACGUGGCGGCUGGCGAGGGAAAUACUCACCAACCCCAAAAGUUUGGAAAAACUUUAGGAGGCCGAGGCGACGCUGCCGUCAACUAUUCACGCAGCCUCCUUCUCUUCCGAGGAUUCUGUGGGGAAAACUCAGGUGCUGCCAGCCGACCACGCAAACGCCAGCCUGCACAGAAGGAAGAGGCCGUCCCCGCAGGCGAACCGCACCGCACCGCAAGGAUUACGACUUGUCACCAACCCGGCGUCCACCUCCCGCUCGGAAAAACAAAACAAAGAGCGUGAUUAUCACCUGGGGAGAGGCAAUAGCGGCUAUCCUGCAGCCUGCUGCGACCAUCGCGGAACAGAAACCAGACCAGGGGAUUAUAUUAACCAGGCCAGUAUUUUUGCGUGAGGAAAUGCUGAUCUGGAGAGGCCACCCGAACAAAGAAAAGCAAAGAAGCCUACCGCGGUUUUCUCCCCUCCCCUCCCACGCAUGUACAUUUUAAAACAUUGUAUGGAAUAUUGUGAUCUCACAUUGUCUUUGAAAUUGUGGAUGUUAGUGUUUUGUGAUUUGGUGAAAAAGUUAAAUUGCCAUUGUUGGAUACUUCAAGACAUUUUCUGCUCAAGAAGAUACCCUUUCAAAAGGUAGAUUUUAUCAUGGUACUUAUGUUUCUUGUCUUUUGAAGUGUCUAAACUUAAAAGUUUACAUUUUUGUUUCAAAUAUAUUGCUUGUUCUAUUUCUAACAUUCCAUAAAUAUACUUGAAAUGUUAUUUAAAUAUAUUCAGAAGAAAUUGAAUUUUGUCUAUAUAAUUGUGAAUAUUGGAAUUAUAUAUUGGAAAAAUGCA